CUCCUUGUGGGGACAGUUCGCGAAAGACAGUGCCAAGAAGGAGGUGGUUCCUUCGCAUGUUCAGUGCCGACUUUGCAUUUUUUCCUACGCCGAUUAGGAUUUCUCAGAGGAUAACUACAUGAAUCACCAUAUUUGAAUCUUGCCAUAUUAUUUGUCUUAUAAAUUAAGUGUAAAUAUGUUAAUUGCUGCGGUCAGUGGUGUGCUAUGGCUGUUCACACCCUUGGUCCAGGCUGCAGUCAACAGCGCGCCACAGUUCCUGCCUGGAGGAGACAUGAGCCGGUUCGCUUUGCUCGAAGACAGCCAGGUUGGUGCACCAGUAUAUAGACUCCAGGGAAUAGACCCAGAAGGAUCUCCUGUUCACUAUUCAAUCAGUGGACAGCACUUUCAAGUGGACAGGAUAUCAGGAAUCGUCUCGUUGGUCAAACCACUUGACAGGGAGGUGGAAGAUAUCCUUGAAGUCAUCAUCAGCAUCACUGAUGAGUCUGUAGGAGGAGCUGAGCCAAAUACUGUCUCUCUGAGAAGAGAGAUCCCAGUUCUAGAUGUCAACGACAAUUCUCCAGAAUUUCUCGGAAGACCGUAUUCAGUCGUUCUGAUGGAAAAUACGAAACCCGGCUCAGAAGUUUUUUCCAAUAUAACUGUCGUCGAUGCUGAUUCAGGGCACAAUGCUGAAAUAACACUUUCUUGUAUAUCUGGAGGAUGUGACACAUUUUCCAUCACCACAGAAAAAAUAAGUGAGGGAAAUUACAAAGGAGUCCUUGUGCUCAAGAAAGCGCUUGAUUUUGAGCAAGUAUCAUCUUACAGCUUGUCUUUAAGAGCUAGUGAUAAUAAUAAAGACAAGCCUUUGCAUGCAAUGGCAACAAUUGCGAUCAGUGUGAAGGACAUUCAAGAUCAGCCUCCAGUUUUUCUUAACGCACCUUACUCAGCAACACUGCAGGAAAACACUUCACCGGGUUAUCAAGUACUUCAGGUCAAGGCAAAAGAUGGUGACUUGGGCGACUCAAGGACUGUCAUUUUGUCCCUUGAGGGCGACGAACUAGGCUACUUUAAAAUGUCUAGGAACAACCUUAUAACUAGUCACGUCCCAAUUGAUAGGGAGCAUCCUUUAAUCUUACAAAACGGUGGAGUUUACACCUUUGAUGUUGUGGCAACAGAACUGAUUAAUAAUGAAUUGCCUGGAGAUUUCAGCCACGAGAGAGUUACAAUUGUGAUCACAGACGUGGAUGAUCAAAUACCAAAAUUUAAUGAACGAUAUUUUAACAUAAAUGUUUCUGAAGAUAUUGGUUUAGGGACACCACUUCCUGGGCUCAAUAUGGUUGUUUCUGAUGAUGAUUUAGGUGAAAAUGCCCACUAUACUCUACAACUAAAAUCGCAAGACAGAAGAGCUGUUCAGUGGUUUAUGGUAGAACCUGAAUCAGCUUACGGCAGGACACCAGUCGUUGUAAGGCUAAAGGACAACACCAGUUUUGAUUUUGACACUGGUGUAAAACAAGUCCAAUUUACAAUCUCCGCUUUGGUGCAGACAAAACAGGGCGAAAGUUUUGAAGUUUCUUCCAGUGAAGUUGUUGUGAAUAUUCUCGAUGCAAAUGACAAUUCGCCUAUUUUCAACCAAUCUAGCUAUAGCUUUACUAUACCAGAAAACUUCACAGUAGGCUCUAUGAUAGCAAACAUUACUGCUUCAGAUAUCGACAGUGGUGAAUUUGGGACCAUCACUUAUUCACUAAGAGGUUUCGGAACUAACAAAUUCAGUACAAAUCCAAAAACUGGAAAUUUAUACCUUUCAAACAAGGUGGAUUAUGAAAAACAAAAAUCCUACUCUCUGAGCCUCGAGGCAAAAGAUGGAGGCGGCAGAGUAAGUACAGUCGCAGUUCUGGUAACUUUAACUGAUGUAAAUGAUAACCCACCGAUAUGGGAAAUGCCACAAUAUCAGAGGACUGUCAGAGAAGGUGCUACAAGUUUUCAGCCGCAAUUUUUCAUAAGGGCUUUGGAUGCUGAUAAAGACAAUGAAAGCAAGUUGAGGUACAAAAUUCUCACAAGCAACUCUGAUGUUCUGGGCCUGAAUGAAAAUACUGGUGAAAUCCUUAUCUUGAGUCCUGUAAGUUCAGAGCAUACUUCAAGAGGACAAUAUGAAUUGAUGAUCAGAGCAUUUGACGACGGAGUGCCACCAUUUCAUGCUGAUGUCCCUGUCUUUAUCCGUGUGGGAGUGCCAGGGAACCAGAGACCAGUUUUCCGAGGUGUGCCAUAUAAUGUGACCCUUCCUGAGACAGCAAAAGAGGGAGAUGUUUUAGUGACAGUGAGAGCGACAGACCCUGAUGGUCCCAAUUCAGCUGUACACUAUAAGCUUUCAAAUGGAGCUGACAACUUUCAAAUAAACCAGAGCUCUGGUGUAAUAACAGUUGCAAAGGCAGCAAUUCUUGACCCAGAUGUUACGAAAACAAUGAGGUAUGCUGUUACAGUACUAGCAGUGGAUAGUGGUGCUCCUAUACGAGAAACUGCACAAACGACAGUCACUGUAAACAUAUUAGACAUAAACAAUAAAGCUCCUUAUUUUCUUCCUGACUCAAAUUAUGUCCGACAUAUUUCUGAAAAGUCCGAUAUAGGGAAGACUGUCGUUAUGGUGAAAGCUAUAGAUAGUGAUCAUGAUGCAGAUAUAGAAUAUAGCAUCAUUGAUGUAAGAGCAAUGCACAAAACUGGAGUUCCUGUUCUGAAAGGAAGCGCUUAUGAUUUUGAACAUGCUUUUGUGAUCAAUUCAAGCACAGGAGAAAUAAAAGUAAACUCUCAUUUGAGCCACCAAGCAGCAGCUGUAAUUAUCCUGAAAGUUGGAGCAAAAGACAAAAAUGCUGUUGUUAACCCUGACAAUCAAAGGACUGAAGUUGAAGUCACCUUGUACAUUCAAGCUUAUGAUGAGCAAAAUCCUAAAUUCACUGUGGGUGGCUGGACACCUUUUGAGCCCAUCAUCAACAUCAGUUUUCAGGAGGAAAAACCAGCAGGAAGCCCAAUAUUCACGUUAUCAGGAAUUGACCCUACUAAUAAUUUUCCAUUAACAAGAUUCAGUUUGAUACCACCAAUUCCACCAUCAAUCAGCAUGGACAGUGGAGGAAGUAUUGUCACUCUGAAAAAAAUUGACUACGAAUCGAUGCUGGACAAGACUAUUUCAUUUAGAGUCGAGGCGACAUCAGCAGAUGGUCAACGGUCAAGUAUUGCACAAGUCCAUUUAAACAUUGAAGACAUAAACGAUAACACUCCUCAGUUUGAAAAAACUCAUUAUAAAGGGCAGAUUUAUGAAUCAGCAGCUAAAGGGACUAUUGUGUUGAAUGUUAAAGCAGUCGAUGGAGAUGAGUUCAAUACCACCUUAGGCUAUGGAGAUAUAAAAUAUUCUUUAAGUGGUGAAAAUGCCGCUUUAUUUAGCAUUGAUCCAAAUUCUGGGACAAUCACUGUUUCUGGAAAUGGGACAAUAGACAGAGAGAAACAGGACACAAUGCAACUUGUCGCAUUUGCUGCUGAUACCCCACAAGGUGGAGCAAACCAAAGAAGAAGUUCUGUCCCUAUUGUUAUUGAAGUGCUAGAUAUAAAUGAUAACAAGCCAUUGUUUGAAAUGGAAGAGUAUUCAGCAGUGGUGUUAGAAAAUGUACUCCAGGGUACUUCCGUGCUUAAUAUUUCAGCUAUCGAUUUUGACAGUGGAGCAUGGGGGUUGGUAGAAUAUGAAAUUGUCGACCAGCCUGAAGCAGCAGGACUAUUUAAAAUAAACAAAACAACUGGAGAAAUUGUAACAAAUAUGCCACUGACUGGGAAAGGGAGAGCAGAAUCUUAUGUAAUAACAGCAAGGGCACUAGAUCAUGGGGAGCCUAGCUUGUUUUCUGAUGUGCCAGUUAGAAUUUUCAUCGGCGAUGUUGUCACAAAUGAUGGCAUUCCAAUGUUUCUUCAUCCAACCCUCAAUGAAAUGGCAUAUAUAUCUGAGGACUCAGCUAUAGGAUCACCAGUUUUUAGAGUGACAGCUUCUGAUCCUGACAACCCAAAUUCCCUAGAGGGUCAGGUUAGAUUUAGCUUCCUGCCGGAUGAAACUGAUUCACAAGCUUUUAGCAUUGAUUCUGUAACUGGUCUCAUAACAACAAAACAACAUUUGGACAGGGAAAUAAAGAGCAAUUACACACUCAUCCUUGUCGCACAGGAUUCAGGCAUGGUGCCACAACAUGCGACAAGGCAACUUCAUAUAAGUGUCACAGAUGUGGAUGAUAACAAGCCGUUAUUUAAAAGAUCAAUUGAUGAUGAUCCUGUGGAGUUUACAAUCAAGGAGGAACUUCCUGAGGGGACAGAGGUCGGAGUGAUUAGAGCAGAAGAUGAUGAUGUUGGAGAUAAUGCAAAAAUUGGAUACUUAAUUACAUGUAUGGAUUUAUAUCAUAAAAGUUUAUCACUGUCAAUUUUUUUUUCCUGCAAGUACAAAAUGAAAUGUUUUUUAUUGGAUCUUAAGGUAUACGUCGUGCGAGAUCGAGGGCUUUUGAAAUUUGUAUUUUCUCAACCCCCUGGAGAAGUCAGAGCGAAUUUAGCUGAAUUUAAAAAAGAUGUUGAGCAGACGCUAGCACUGCCAGCGUCGCUCAAUAUUUAUGAUACUCUGUUUUUAUCCAAAAAGGAUGGCAGCCUUGACUUUAGCGCUACAAUUUCAUGUUUUCAAUUAGUCGGGGCUCACAUGUUUGAUGUCAAAGAAACGGAAAAAUUAAUGAGCCCUCAGAACAAUCCAGACAUUGCAGAGAUUUACAGGAAGUACAAUGUGCAAGGUGUUGAGAGAUGUGCUCCACAAAUAGCACACGCUGAAGUCACCUGGGUGCAGCUCUGUGUGCUCGGUAUAGCAGCUUUUAUCGGGAUUGCAUCAAUGAUCUCCGGAUGUGUACUUUGCUGUUCAUACAAAAAAUGGCAUAGGAUUAGGUGAUAAUAAAUCAAGACUGCAUGCAAGAUGCCAUAAGCUCGAACGAAU